AGAAUUGUAGAUGUUGUGUGCACAGAUGUUAUGAAAAGGAAAGGGAGUUAAAACUUUUGCUGUGAACGUUAAUAUAAAAAUUCCACGGAGACAUCAAGUUCUGGAGUCCAAUUUCACUGAAUUAUUUGCCAAAAUGCUCAACCUGAAGAAGGGACAGGAACAAGAUUAAGAUAGAAGAUAAAAUAUGUUAAGCCAUGUCUGAGGAUUUCCUGCUGGAUGUUCAAAUUGUCCCUGCUACUUCACAUGACUAUGAUGAGGUCAUGUCCAUCUCUGGUGGAAUCGAUUGUGGCCUGGAUUACCUACCAGUUUCAUACCAUAAGUGGUUGGCAGACCCUCAGAGGAGGAUGUUCCUGGCCAAGUUUAAAAAACAAGUGGUGAGUAAGGUUGGAUUUGUGUCGCUCUUGGUGGUAGAUGGUGGUGAAGCAGCUGUAGCUCAAAAACUGCGGGUUGCCCUCUGGAUGAGAGGCCGUGGGAUUGUCCGUUUAAUUCAGAAGCACCUUUCUGACACCCUAUGUCCCAGAUAUCGUGAGGUCACCAAAGUUCGUCUAGCAACAUCAGAACAUGUACCACCCACUAAGCUGAGCAAAUAUCAACUCAUUCAUUCUAAGGUAGUGGUCUCAGUGAUCCUGCCCCAUGACCAACUAGACCAUGCAGUGAAGUUGCUGAAGCAUCGCGUGCAGAGUGCAUAUGGGAAGCAACCUCUUGAUGCCCUUACCCCUGAAGAGGUUCUAAGUUUGUUUGAGAAUUCCCGUACAGCAGAGAGGCUGCUUCCCAAGGGGCUUCUUAUCCAAGGCUGGCUUCCUCUUUCUACCCACAAAUCCAACCUAGAGUUAUUGAUACAAAGGGGAAUUGUCUGGUUCCAUUCUGAACACUGUGAAAAGACAAGUGACUGUGAGAGCACCACUAAAUCCGGAGAUACCAGUGUUACCAUUUCCUCUGGGUUCCUUAGCCUGGGCACCCCACCCAUCUCUGUGCCUCUAGGAGAUGGUAUGCACCGGUUUGACAUUGAUCUAUUUGGAACUGAUCCUGUUUCUGCAAAAAAACAUAUCCUACACCAGCUGAUAAAAGGAGUCCAAUUGCUUCCUCUAGGGGCCGGUGUUGUUUGCAUUUUCUAUGCAGAAACGAGUCUUCAUGAUGAACUUACUAAUUUCUGUCAAGGACUAACCAAAUUUCAUUUCUAUAAGGAGCAAAAUGUCCUAGAGCAGGAUAUCAAGGUUCUCGCAAGACACUAGAUACCUUCUCAAUUGUCCAGCACUGAAGCAUUCCUUGCUCAAAACUGUUUGCCUAACCCACCUAUUGCUGAUUUCACUAAAUUCACUAAACAAUUCUCAUCUGGAAUUGUAUCACCACUUUCUUGGUCUUUUACAAAAGGUGCUAGAGAGACAAUGUAGACCAGUGGUUCUUGGGAUUUUCAGUGUAAACCUAUCUCAAAGCUUUAA